AUGUCACAACGACUUGCUGCGCUCCAAGACUUAUUCGAUCGAGGACAGCAAAAAGAGGAAGCAUCUGAUGCAUCUGUUGACCAGAGUACGACGACCUAUCCGGCACCUGAAGCGGGCGCUAUACACAGUCUCGAUUUAUCGUCUUCCAUCGAUGUGCCAUUGGGUGACGGCCCAGUGUCUGACUCGAGUCACUCCCAUUUCCCUUCUAUCGUUCAGACGCCGCGACGUCAGGCGUCUCUAGCGAUGCCCAAACCCAGCGCAGAAGCCACACCCCGCUCCACGACCCAACGCGACGCGACGCCGCAUCGAGAGGCAGUGACUCAUAACGACGCGACGCCACACGCAGCAUCCAUGCUACAAGAUGAAUCAUCCAGCUUAUCCGAAUCUUUGCAUGCGAGUCAGCUUGCGCAGAGCCACGGCGCAUUGGAUAUGCUGGACGAGGACGAGGAUGUUGAAGCGAGUCAAUCUGCGGCGGGUACAUCCGGACACUGGGGUAUGCAAGAGAUCCAGCGACGCACGGCCGCCGGCUUCUCGAUCAAGUCCACGCUGCAAAAAAUUGAACAACUCACGGCUGAGCGCGAUGACCUCAAGAUUGAAGUUGAUUUCCAUCGCCGGAAUAUGUCGCCUGAGGACGUGGGCGCCGAGGUCAUUUCAUUACGCCAAGAGAAGUUAGGAUACGUUCGUCGAUUGCAAAAAAUGAAUGAGCUUGUAAAGGGCCAGGAUCAAGCACUCAAGACGGUGAAUCGGCAAGUCAAAUCGUGGGAAGCCAAAUUGGCCGACUAUGAUGCACUUGUAGCUCGGCUCCAUGAGGCUGAGCAACGCACACAAUCUCAUGCCGAUGUGGCACACCUCGAAGCCUCACUACACGCGGCGCGACAAGAGUGCCAGGCGCUCAUGAAUGAGCUUGACGCCCUGCGUGCGAACAAAAUACCUGACUUGGAGCAGGCCAUGGCACAACGUGAUACCAUGAUUGACGACCUGCACGCUGAACUGGAUGAGGCGCGCUCCGCCGGCGCUGACACCAUGAUGCAGCAGCAGCUGGAAGAACAGCAUGAAAUGGUAUGCGCCCUUCAGGAUGCCUUGGCCGCCGAGCGCCUCAUUGUUGCUGAGAAAGAAGGCGAAAUGGACCGCUUGGAAGGCCAUGUCGAUGCAGCUGAAUCUGCAGCAGCUGACCUGCAACGUGAACUUGAUGUGUGCCGUGCAUCGGAGGCCUCAGCCGUGGCCGAUGCACAGCGCAUGCACACACAAGUAGCGCAGCUGCGACGGGAUUUGGACGAGGCGCACAUGCGCCAGGAGACCCGAGAAUCCUCAUGGCGGGACCAAGUGGCAGACUAUGGCGCUCAGAUUGAGGAGCUGCGUGCCGCUUUGGAGCAGCAGGCGGGUGAGACGCAGCAUCUUUCGGGUCUGAACGAGCGUCUAAAUGCCAAGCUCGUCGAACUUGUCAACGAUCUCAAGGCGGAAGAGGAUGCACGUGAGCAAGCGGAUACGACAUGGUCGCAGCGCUACGACACGAAUGAGGCGCAGACACGACGUGCGCUCGCGACCAAAGAUGCCCUUAUCGAAUCACUCGAGGCGCAAUUGGCGCAGCUGCGGCAUGAGCAGCAGCAGCACGAGCAAUUGACAGAGCGGCUGCAAGAAACGCUCCGUACUAACGAAGCGAAUGCACGGACCAGGAUGGAAGAGGCAGCGGCCCGGCAUACACGCGAGAUGGAGCGUUUGACGGAUGAUAUGAAUGACAGACUCAAUGUUCGGCAGGAACUGCAAGAGGAAGUCACGCGACUGCGUGCUGAGGCGCGGGGCAUGGCGGACACACUUCAGUCCGAGACGCGUAUGCGGCUCCGGACGCAGGACCGUUUGGAGGCAGCGCAGCGUGCCCUGGACGAGGCGCGAAAGCAGGAAGAGAUGGAGCGUGCGCGGCGCCCAGCCUCGCCGCGUCCUAGCUCGCGAAACUCGGACCAUGCUCUGCGAACGCAGUUGUCAGAACGCAAUGCGCUACUCACGGCUGUGUAUGAUGGGCUCGUCCAUGCGCUGCAAGAGGACGCAGCCGUCAGCGAUGCGCGCCUGUUGCACACCGACUUCCGUGCAUUCCACGACAGACUGACGCAGCGACUCAAGCGCCUAGCGCAUGUUCAAGCUCAGUUUGCGCAGCGAUCAAGUGCCAUGGAGCGUGAGCAUCUGCAUCAACUGGCCGAUGUGCGCCGAAACCAAGAGGCGAGAUGGUCGCAGCUCGACCGCAUUGAGCGCUCGAUCCGUGCAGCUGCUGAGAAGCAGGCUCAGUGGCGCCGUCGCGUCUUGGAAAAAGAGGACGAGCUCACCGAGCUGCAUCGGACGAACCGCGACUUGGAACACCAGGUCGCGCGACUACGGGAUGCACCGCCGCCAACGCCAACGCACACAACGCCUGCGAUGUUGUCCGUGCGCAUCCGCGAGCUCGAGCGGAGAUGCAAGGAAGCAGACGAGCGCGUGAAGCGCGAGCGAGCAGGUGCCAAGGAACGUGCAGCGCGGGACGAGGCGCGUAUACGGCACUUGCAGACUACCCUCGAUUGCCUCAACACCCUGCCUCCGCGUGCAGACAGCGGCGGCCGCGACCGUGUGGUGCGUCCAUAG